CCUAGUUCAGUCAUUUCGAGGAUUCCAAAAACAAAUAAUCCGAAUUAACAACACAGCGGAGAAGUGCGAAACAAAAAUACAAAUUUUAAAAAUAACAACAACAAAAAUCUCGACAGUGUUUCUGUGUAUGUAUCUCAUAGGUACACCAUCAAAUAUUAAAAUUUUAAGAACCAAACCAGCAUGGGGCCUUAUUGAAUGCAGAAGCCAUUCCUCCUAUCAAAAACGGUCAAUUACAAAACCAUAAUCGCACAAAGAAAUCUAAAUUUGCUUUAACACAUCCAACAAAUUUUAUGUGUACGUACAAAUGCAUUGCCUGGCCAGCAUAGAAAAUGAGUCUUGCACUUAAUUAUUAGUUUAUUUGUACGUGUAGGUAACUCAAAACAAAUGAACGAAAUUAAUAAUAAAAAGAUCGAGUCGGGUGUAAUUUUAAGUGUCAUCCAAAAUCACAUCACCGUUAAGGGGUCACUCACCUGUAAUUGUGUGUGCAAUAAAUCUAAAACAAAAUAUUUCCUGUGUGGUGGAGGUACAAUGUUAUUGAGAUUGAUACCAACAAAAGGGGCAUUCUUUGUGGAAAAUGUAUGUCUAUAGAUGAAAAAUUGGUAGACAAUUUGUCCAACGAAACAAUCAUAACUGAUAUUGUGGAUUCAUGUUUUUGGCCCCCAGCUACCACAACACAGUGCCAACAUCAGCAAUAGCAAUAGCGGAGUUCUCGAAUUUCUGUCUUCUCUUUCGUCGAAGUCUGUCAUCGCUGAAGAAGGUGAUGUAUUGUAAACAUUCGCCGGACUGUUUUCCAGUAAACGACAGGCAGCAUCGAUAUUUUAUCUAAGAAUAUAUAAAAUAAAGGGGUUUGUGUGUGUGUGUAUUUUUUUAUACCCCAAGCAUGAACGAACAACAAACGACAGAUGUUGUUGUUGCAGCAGUGUGUUGUACACUGAGGCUGUCGUUGUUAUUUACUGUUACGAGUAAGAGCAAGAAAAAAUACGAAGAAUAAAAAGGCCAAAAAACAGCUGUCUAUUAUAAUCAUUGAUGUUGCCACGACAACUUUGCGUUGCACAUUACAGAAAUGCCGUUCAUUUGGUCAACAGAAAAUAGCAAAAUAUUAUACAAUCUUAUGCGACGUUGAUUUGUGCCACAAAUUGUCAUAUGGGUGGUAUAAAAAAAUGCAAAUUUUUUAAAGAAUUGUAAAUAUAUUUAUGUGAAAUACGCGUUUAUAUGUAAAGCUGCUAUUACACGAUAUGUAUUUGUCAUAUGGCAUGUUAAAUUUAGCAUAUGUAAAAGUUAUACACAUCGUCUGGUAUAUAUGAAAUAUUUUAUGUGAAAAACGGGUGUUGGAAUAAGCUUUAAUUUUAUUGAUUAAGCGAACUCUAUUCUAAUCGAACAUUUCGUCCGCUAACGGCCAAAAAGACUUAAGUGACAAUUGUUGAAAAUUUUCAGUUUUCAAUAGAAAUCGAUAAUAUACGACUGUUUUCAUCUUCUAUUAAAAUGUUGUGUCGAUAAUGCAACUACCACGAUUUUACAACAAAAACACAAUUUUAAUGUAAAUUCCCUUUUGAUUUUGUUUGAUCAAUUCUGUGGCAGCGUAGUGCACUUACAUUAUUUACACCAGACACAAUUACCUCAAGCAAAUUAAGAAACAUCUGCAAAAUAUAUUCCAAAGUGUAGAAGUAAAGCGAGUAAAAUAGACAAGGAUGGUCAGGGGCCGCACGGAUGUCCCUUGUUACUAAAAAUAAAAUAAAAAAUCCAUAAAAUAAUAUUUCUAUAAAGUGGAGAUACUGAUGAAAAAGGAAAAUUUGCUUAUGAUUAUGCGGUAGAAAAUAUAACAAAUAGAAAAGAAUUAAAAAAACCGCAAACGUGAAAAGGCAAUCUGCACACCGCAACAAAAGCACAAGAAAAACCCCGAAAUAGGAGUAACGUCAAUAAAAGUACGAGAGAGAAUCUGGAUUUCAAUCAUUUUUGACAUUUCACGCAGAAUCAGAAAACUGCAUCAAGAGAACAGAGAAAAUAAAAACGUCGGUAGCAGAGUCUUGUUGUGUACGGCUGGUUUAGCAUCUCUCAGCUACGGAAGAGCACAAAGAUUGUCGAUAUUGCAAGACUCAAAUAUAGAUACUCUCCGAAAAUGGUUAAUUUAUCAUUUUCUCAUCAACAUUUUUCAAUAAGAUAAUUGUUAUACAUCUUGCACGCACGUGUCAUGAAUAAAAGUUAUGCGGCUUGUUGAACAGGAAAUAUUGUAACUGGGUUUCAGUACAAUUUAAAGUUUAGACUCGUGCAGUGAAACUGGGUGUAUGCGGUAAAUAUGACGGGAAAGAAACCGGAAAAGUCCGGCUAUUGUAGCUGUAAUACAGACCAGCAGUACGUGAAUCCCUCGUUUGAACAGGAUACAAAUAUAGGUCCUUCGUACACCUCGAGAAGGUGCAGUGUAUCAACCAAUCUUAACCAACCUGGCGAGAGCAAUGUUCUCAGCGAUAACGGAUGCUGCGCCAUACACAAUAACGCUGGGUCACAUCGAAAAGGUCACAGACGGCAAGAAUCCAUGUACCAAAUGACUGGCCUCUAUUCCGAAACGAACAGUGGCGAUGAUAGCAGCAUAGACUUGGCCGAAGGCCAUACACUGGUUGGCCAGGGCCAAGAAAUAGGCAGCACGGCCACAACAACGACUUCAACAGUACUUACCAAUAAUGCCAGGAAUCUCCAAACGAAAACGUCGGCUUGUUCCGAUUCAGUUAUCAAAUGUCACAGCCGUCAAUCCUCGGCCGUACUUGGGAACAACCCACACAGUCAUAAUAAUUUGCAUGGAUCACAAAACGCAUACGCCGUGGCUAGCAACAAUGCAACAUGUGGCCUUAAUGUUGACGACGAUGAUAUGCGUUCCCAAGACUGCGGUAUUUUGGCAUGCCGACCCCGAGGAGUUCAAAAAUUCGCGCGCAUCAAGAUAUUCGUAUUGCUUCUCUCAAUGCUAGUCACCUUACAGCAAGCAUUGAGUUCGGGCUACAUCAAUUCUGUGAUCACGACUAUUGAAAAGCGUUUCGAAAUACCGUCCAGUUAUUCGGGCCUCAUUGCGUCCAGUUAUGAAAUAGGUAAUGUCAUCACUGUUAUAUUCGUCAGUUAUUUAGGAAGUAGGCGCCACAUACCCGUGUGGAUUGGCAUCGGAGCAGUCAUCAUGGGCAUUGGCUCGUUGGUUUUUAUGGUGCCCCAUUUCACUGGCGAAGCUAAUCCGGGCGUCAGCAUUGCUAAUGAGACCAGCGACAACAUAUGUCGUAGUGCUUUGGUUCGCAAUCAAGAUAUGGAUCUGGGCAGGCUUUCAAGUGGCCUGUCGAGUCCUCCCUUGGCACCACACACAUUGCGAGAAGAUAAUUGCCUCGAGGGUAAACUAUCAACGUUCGGGCCAGUGCUGUUGUUUGUUAUCGCUCAACUGCUGCUGGGUUGCGGCGGCAGUCCUCUAUUUACUUUGGGCACGACAUAUGUUGACGACCAUGUUAAGACGGAAAGUUCUUCGAUGUACAUUGGUUGCAUGUACAGUAUGGCAGCGUUUGGUCCUGUUGUUGGUUUCCUUUUGGGCGCAUAUCUACUGUCGUUCCACAUGGAUUCGCUGUCGUCCUCCAUAAUUUCCAUUGAUCCGGGAGAUCGACGCUGGGUUGGAAUGUGGUGGGGAGGCUUUUUGCUAUGCGGUGUUCUACUGCUGCUUGUUGCGAUACCCUUUUUCUCAUUUCCAAAAGUAUUAACGCAUGAAAAGAAGAAGAUUCGCAAAGCAUCUGUAAUAGUGCAACCAGCAGUGCCGAAUAAUUCAAACAGCCUGCCGCGAAAUACCGAUGAAAUGGGAAAGGUCAAGAGAGAAAUUGUUUCGGUAGCUUCAAAAGAUGAACCAGAAAAGCCAAAGAUUGACACAGGUUAUGGAAAAGAUAUCAAAGAUAUUCCCCAUUCUAUGCUUCGCCUGGUUACAAAUCCCAUUUACAUUGUCACUUGCUUGGGAGCCUGUAUGGAAUUGAUGAUCGUAUCAGGUUUUGUUGUAUUUCUACCAAAGUAUCUGGAGACCCAAUUUAGUGUGGGCAAAAGUCAAGCAAGUGUUUUCACUGGAUCGAUUGCGAUACCGGGCGCGUGCAUUGGCAUCUUUAUUGGUGGCUGUGUACUUAAACGCUUCCAACUAAAACCGAAGGGGGCUGUGACAUUUGUUCUAAUUUCGAAUAUUAUUUGCCUGGGAUGUUAUGCACUUCUGUUCUUUUUGGGAUGUGACAAUCUGAAAAUGGCUGGUACCACGAUGCCGUAUUAUAAUAAUUCAAAACAUGGCACAUUGGAGCCAUUUCAAGUGAACUUAACGGCAGCUUGCAAUUUCGGAUGUGAAUGUCUCACCAGUGAUGUCGAGCCGGUGUGUGGAAAUAAUGGUUUAACCUAUUUUAGCCCUUGCCAUGCGGGCUGUACAGCAUUUUCGUCCAGUUCAAACUACACAAAUUGUGCAUGUGUUCAUGCUAAUAUUUCUAGCAGCAUAUUUUUGGGAGCAGGUGGCAGUCAGGCUCAGGCUUUGAAUGCCAAUGAAAACUUCGCUGAAGUCACUGUUGUUCCUGUUGCCACUGCCGGUCCUUGUGCCAAUCCCUGCCGCAAUAUAUACCCAUUUUUGAUACUGCUAUUCUUCAUGACAUUCAUUGUCGCCGCCACUCAAAUGCCACUUCUCAUGAUUGUUUUACGCUCGGUUUCGGAAGAGGAGCGAUCCUUUGCCUUGGGCAUGCAAUUUGUCAUAUUCCGCUUAUUCGGAUAUAUACCAGCACCGAUUUUAUUUGGUAACCUUAUCGAUUCUACUUGUCUGCUAUGGAAGUCUUCGUGUGGCGAAAAGGGAGGCCGUUGUCUCAUAUAUGACAUUGAAAAGUUUAGAUAUAAGUACGUUGGACUCUGUGCAACUGUCAAAAUUGUAGCCUUGGUUAUAUUCAUUAUCGACUGGUGGCUGGUAAGACGUCGCAAGCAGUUGGAUAAGGCCAAACCACUUAAUCCUGGAGAUCCAGUAAUAGGAUCCAUCAUAAGCCUAGAUAAACUUUUUGAAGAAAAGGUGGCAGCGAAUGACUCUAACCUUAACUACGAUAAUAGCGAACUGGCUUUAAAAUCCGAUUCUUAUCGCCACUCACGUAAUAAUUCACGUACAGUACAAUUGGAGUAUGGUUAUGACAAAUGUAACAACACUCUGGCUGCAAACAGUCCAACAAUUCCACAAACCAAAUCAAAGAAACAUUUCCGUAGUGCAUCUUGCGAUGUGAAAAUGAUCCGCAGCUUUGCCAAGGAUCACAAUACCAAUACUACGCCAAUGGAUGCCUGUGAGACUUCAAAGUUCAAGAAUCUGAAGAAAUUGCAUACACAUUCCCGUAACAAUUCAAGUGACCUUAAUACGGAGUUCCGCCACAAAUUGGUUGCACACUCAAAUUCAUGUUCCCGCGACGAUCCGAAUUUUAGCAUACGCUUCAUACAGAACCAAUUGAAGCCCCAAGAAGACGAGGAGGAUGACGAUGAACUGACAACUGGCUGCGGCCACUUUGUGCGCAAGCACUCGCGUAAUCACUCCUAUGACCAAAUCUACAUGCCUAACAAUAUUCGCUUCGAUCCGGAAUUUUUCCGCGGUCAUCAUCACCACAACAACAAGAAAAACGUCAAUUUGCUCAAGAAUGUGGUCGAGAAUAAGGUGAAAAACUCAAAUGAAGCAAACGGCAGCGUUUCGUCGUCAGCAGGUUCCCGAGGCCAUUCACGUAAUAAUUCAAAAGAAUUUAACAUAAAAGUAGCUCAGAAUGUGCUUGGCACCAAUACCAACACUUCUGGCACAUUACUCAAUGAUUCGGCUUUAAGCAUCCUAAGGCAUAGGCGCACCAAUUCCAAGGACCUAAACCACUGUACGACCACAUCUAGUAUCACUGACACAGCAGCAGCCACCUGCUCCUCAUCUGCUUCCUCCAAUCACAAAAAGCAUUCUCGCAAUCCUUCACAUCAAAAGAUACAAAUCGAUGAUGAUCGCAGCGGCCUUAUCGACCAUGAAGACGACGACGAAGAAGACCAACAGAAAGUUGACAGUAUUUAAAUGAUAAUUUUAACAAUAACGUCAAGUUGUUUCCUUUGCGGUUUCCCCGGCUAUAAUGGUUAAUCUAAUUAACCAUAAAGACAUUGACUUCAUUCAUGCAAUAUUUUUUAUAAAAUUACCUUAAAGUUUAUUUGUAUUGACAAAAGUUCUUUUUGAAUAGUCUAAAUUUUUUAUUAAGCCUAGUACUAAGUUCAUUCGCACGAAAAUUGUCUAUUAAUCAAUUGCGAAAUACGCCGCAUAACAAAAAAACUCAUAGAACGACACACAACAAAAUUAAUUACACUGAAACAGAGUUGUUUGAGAAAUUAAUAACAGUUCGUGAGAAAUUAAUAACAGUUAACAAUUGCUACGAAAUAUGGUCGCAUCAUUUUCGUCACCAUUUUUUAUAAUGCCUUUUGAUAGCUGUUCGGGCGAAAAGUCGAACUCAGUACUAUGCUUUAUGCAAAACUUUGCAUUCUAAUGUAGUGUAUUUUAAAAGCAAUGCUUUAUUAUCCAGAAAUGAGUCCUCGACUCUCUGAGCUUGGUAGACGCCUUUGAAUAGAUUUUAAAUAAUGUAUGAUUUCUUAAUGUAAAGUGCAGGAUAUGUAGAACAUUCUAAUUAAAACAAGUAAAAGCGUGCAAGAGCUCGAAACUUACACAAACGAACUUAGUUGCAGGGCACAUGUGUACUGUACGUACAAAAUAUCUGCCAAUUCAGCCGAAAAUUUAAGCUUUUUGGGGCCGUACAAGACUAAUCAAGAGAUCGGUAUAUAUAAUAGCUAAGUGAGGUUAUAGACUGAAUUGUACCAUACUUACGAUGGAUGUUUGAAGUCAUAACAGAACACUACUUGCAAGAUUUCAAUCAAAUCGCAUAACAAUUGAGGCUUCCAGGGGCUCAAGAUUCCAUAUCGAGAAAGCGGCUUAUAUGGGAGCUAUAUCAGGUUGUAAACUAAUUUAGAUCAUACUUAUCAUAGAUGCUGGAAAUCAUAAUGGAACACUAAUUCAAGUUUUCCAGGGGCUUAAGAUCUCAAAUCAGGAGAUCGGUUUAUAUGGAAGCUAUAUAAGGUUAUAGACUGAUUUAGACCAUACUUAUCACAGAUGUUGGAAGUCAUUACGUGCAAACAUAUAGAUAAAUAGUAUAAUGGGGGCUUCAUGGAUCUUCAGGUUGUUGCAAGUCAUAACAGAGCUUACUUACUUACUUAAAUUUACUAUGACAGAACAUUUGUCCCAUUAGCCGAGCGUAGAAUAGCGAGCCACUGCGGCACGCCGUUCGGAAUUGGCUUUAAAAACGGAGGCCCCAUAUCAUUGAGCUUAAACUUGAAUCGGAACGCACUGUUCCUUAGUGGAAUGUUCAUGGGCAAAAUUUGCAAUUUGAAGAAUAGCGUUCCAAACGCCUCGAUCUUCUGGGCUCCUUCUAUAAUCUCUGACACCAAGUUGCGAGGUGUCUCUCACCACUUGAUCUUUCCGUCGGGCUCUUGGCCGUCCCGGUUUGCUUGUACCAUCGUGACCACCUUCAAAUUACUUCUUCGCUGGAGCUACGUCAUUCAUUCUGACAACAUAACCUAGCCAACGCAACCGUUGUAUAUGCGAAUGUCGUCAUACAGCUCGUACAGUUCGUAGUUCAUACGACGCCGAUAAUCUCCAGCAAUGCAAACUGGUCCAUAAAAUUAACGAAGAAUCCUUCUCUCAAACACUCCUAGUACUAUCUCGUCUGCUUUCACAAGUACCCAUGCCUCGGAACCAUAUAACAAUACGGGUAGUUUCACUGUCGACUUGUUUCUAAACUGCUUAUUCAAUCCAAAAUAGCAUUUGUUUGCAAGAAUUAUGCUUCGGUUUAUUUAAAAACUAGUGUCAUUUGUUUCGGUUACGGCGGUUCUGAGGUAGAUAAAGUUGCUGACUAUCUCAAAGUUGUGAUUCUCAACUUUCUCCAUUCUCAUUAUCUGGGAAUUGAUUUCAUUUGGGAAUUGAUACAUCCAUUUCGUUUUAUCUCCAUUUACUGUUUUCACUGAUUCCCUUUCAAUUCUUUCAAAGGCUGCAGUUACUACUUCUGGUGACCGACUCAUAAUAUCGAUGUCGUCAGCAUAGGCGAGUAGCAUGUGAUGUUUUGUGAGUAGUGUGCCAUAUCUAUUUACAUCUGCAUCUCGUAUAAUCUUUUCCAGCAGGAUAUAAAAGAGAUCACACAAUCAGCUGUCUCCUCGUCUGAAACCUCAUUCGGUACUGAGGAGAGUGUAUCAGCAAGUGUUAUACUGCAGAGUCUUAUUAAUUUUGCAGGCAUUCCAAACUCAGACAUGGCUUAAAAUACCUUUGAACGUAUAGUGCAAUCGAAAGCGGCAUUGUAUUCAACAAAGAGAUGGUAGGUGUUGAUUUGUCCUUCUAGGGUAUUUUUCCAGGAUUUGCGAAUAUCUGGGCUAUAGUGGAUUUACCAGGUCUAAAGCCGCAUCGGGUGUACCUUAUAUGGGAUGAGGAGGAGACUUAUUCCUAUGUAGUUGGUACGUUCCGUCUUAUCUCCUUUCUUGUGUACGGGGCAUAGUAUGCCAUGGUUCCAAUCAUCGGGUAUGCGUUUUUCUAGCCAGAUUGCGCAGAUAAGCUGAUGCCUACGCCUUAUCAGCGUCGCCUGUCGGCUCCUGCUGCCUGUUGUUCUUCUGUCGGGUCCCAGCUACCUGUACCUCAUUCUGACUAGGAGGUAAACAUUCUAUACGAUCAUCAGGGAUUUGUUCUGCGGUGUCCUCUUCGCCGCCAACGUCGGAAACUAGCAGUUGGGUAAAAUUUUCUUUCCAUAUCCUCAGCACACUAUCUGUAUUAGUUUUCAGAUUUCCUCCCGUGUCUCUGAAGGAGGAUGUGCCUGUACCAAAGCCAUCGGUUUGAUUCUUUGGUAAAAUUUUCGGACUUCAUUCUGACUCCCGUUCAUCUUAAUUCGUUGACACUCACGUCUUUCCAUUUCCUUUUUCUUUCCGCGGAAUAGACGUUUCUCUUGUCUCUUCUUCUCGCGAUAACUCUUCUUCAUCUAGCGCAUUGCUAUUGAUUGCAGGGUUGUCCUGUACGCCGCAUUCUUGGCUUCUGUAGCAUUUCGACCCGCUUGGUCCGGUACCCAAGUACGGAUUUCGCGGCAUUUUCCAUGGAGUAGGCAAUGAAUUGCCACUGCGCCGUUAUGUCAUCGGGACAAGAAGGAGAUAGUCAGUCGAGCGGAGUAUGCCGUUGUCAUCUGUUGAGUGUGCAGCUUUUUAAUGACCAGCGGGGCCAGACACUUGUCUAUUUAUUAUUCGUCUGGCAACCAUUAUUUUUUUAGUGAUAAAAGCUAACGUAAACGACGACUGAUUUGUGAACUAGAAUCGCAAAAUAUAAUAGAAUGGAGAACAAAAUUUAAAAAAAGUUGUAAGUUGGAUGACUUCCCUUCACUACCUCUUCCAAUUGUAUUAUUUUGGAUCACAACUAAAACACAGCGUCCUGUUUUACUCAACGGUGCCAGCACUGAAAACGACGUAGGGUUACUGUAGUUAAACAAAGAAUCGCACUUAAGUUAAUCACCUGCUAUGAGUACGAGAUUCUAAAAUGGUUUUAUUGGAACAGAAGGGUUGGUAUUUUGUUCUGCUCACGGAAUAGCUGCCGAAAUUUUUAAUUGUUUCACAAUCGAAAUUUGUUAGCAAGCAAAUGUUUUUAUUUCCAUACGAAAAUACGUUUAUUUCUCUGUAUUUUUUCUUUCACAAAUAAUAAAAUAACAGAAAGACAAAACGAACCAUCGAAACCAAUAUAACAAACAAAAAAUGGUGCCGGCAAUGGAACCCAUAAUGGUUUCAAGGGUUGCUAGUAUAUACUUUUUUUUUCGUUUUCUCGCUAUAUAGGCAAAAUGUCGGAGAAAAAUAGGCGAAAAAGAAGUUUCAUCAUUCUGCGUGAAAGGCUGAACAGAAUACCCUGCUUAAUUGUCGUUGUUGUAGCAGUGUGUUGUGUUCUGUCUUUCGUCGCCUUGGUUCGGUUGAAUAUCCAGAUCUAGGAACUCUGCGACUAAGGUCUCUUAAGGAGAAUUUGUAAGAGCUGUCAAAUGUGACACUAAGUAUUUUAGGACACUUGAUGGUUGAAAUCGUUACUUCAUUCACUGUUAUAUUCAGGUCCUUACCCACCACAUACGUGCUGUAGUGAACAAUGUGGCUGAAGAUUUGGUGGCAGAUAUCUUCAAACCUCUUGCAGCAAAAUAAGCAACAAGUUCGUUUGAGGUAGACUUUUAACCUAUCGCGUUCGUCAACAAUGGGUGGCUGAUGCCAUGAUCGUACAAUUGCCCGCAUAUGAUACGAUGUCCAUGCCGUCUGGAGGGGUUGGAAUGGACCAUAGUUAGAGGUUAAACAAUGCCGGAGAUAUCACCCCUACUUGGGGAACGCCCUGUUUCACUCUACGGUGUUUCGACUUCUUAUCCUUGAAUUUCACAAAUGGUACUUGUGCACUUUAGCACUUCGUUAGCAAAUUUUUGUGAGUGCGCCUUUAUUUGAGCCGAAGGAAUAUCCUUAGAUUUAAGUAAUAGGUCUUUAGUUCUUAGCUAGAAAAAAAUCUUAUUUUUAAAGAAUGCGGCAUCGAUGUCAAAGUCAAAGUUAACCACACAUUUGGUGAAACGGAUUAUCUAAUGGAUAGCUUAAAUUUUCGUCAAUUUAGCGGGACGAUAAUAAGGCAUUCAAUGUCGCUGGACACGAAAUAUGAUAUCAAUCAACAUUGUUUGUAAUUGAAAAGAGACUUUGUUAAUUUACGAGUGGUUGUCUUUUGUACGGUGUACUCAUUGCGGUGUACUCAUUGUGCGCUGCGCUAAUUAUAUAUCCAAUCUAUAAAGUGCAAUACAUUCCCGUUGGUUUUGUUGUUCUUGUUUACCCCCUUUAAACCAAUUCGCGGAAGACAAUAAUGCAUCAGGGGUCUUGUUUUACUUUAGUACUAUUGCUGGGUUUUAUUUUAGCACUAUGUAGUGCAAAUCACGAUUAAUCGGUUCUUAUUAUCUGUUAUCGUAUGAUAUCGAUAACUAUCCAGGACAAAUUUAUACUGAAAUUAUAUCCAUAAUAUCUUCGUUGCAUUGGAUAGGACUAGAGCAAAACACAGCAUAUAAGUAUGCAGUGCAAUGAAAAUUGUAAGAAAAUACUCACUCCUAUUCCCGUUGUCGAAGGCGAAAAUCGACAGCAGUCGUAGUCGAAGGCGAAUUUCACAUUUCGUGGUAUUCUGUAACUUAUUCGCCUUCGACCAUUUGAUAAUAGAUAAAUAUUGUGAUAAAUAAAAAAAUAACACAAAAGUAGGUUCCAUACUCUUUUGACAAACAGACACGAUGUUAUUUAGAAUGCAAUUAACUUGACAGCAGAUUCCGACUGAUGUAAUGCCAAAAAUGUAAACGAAUUUUCGUCUUCGUCAACCAUUAUACCGUUUUGUAAAAAAUUCGACAUUCGACUACUCCAUCGCCAAACGGAAUAAGAGGGAAUAUUUAUCCAGUAGGUUUAUGUAGUAGAUCUGUCUCCAGGAAUGCCACACGUACAUUGCAAGUUUAAUUUAUAUAUUUUCACUUGAUAUCUCGUAUUGUUUUGACAAAGUUUUGCAAUUCAAUUUUGUACCUCAGGGCUUAUGUCUCACGUGCUAAAAUAAAAUGGGGCUAUCAUGUUAUUGUUGUUGUAGCCACAUGCCUAUAUGUUAACUAUCCUCGCCAAGCUCCUACAGGUGAGAAAUCACGUUCUGAUCCAAAGUACCGAUCGCUGCGGGAAAAUGACGUCCAUUGGAUAUUUAAAGCGCCAAUAACUCGCCUUGUUAUAUAGAGCAUCAUAGGCACUCAGUAUUUAUGCAAGAGCCGUUGCCGCCGCGUCUCUCUCUGAGACUCUCCGCUCAAUACCGCUAUUUGUCCGUGACUGCAAUUGCAGCUACUCCGUAUGGAGCAUUCCACUAUCCGCAACCCGGUUGCUCGCAACUAUGCCUCUCGUGACAACGAUGAAAACCACACAGUUCGGAGCUGAAAGAUCCAGCCUGUGCGGUGCUCAAAGUUAUCCUGUGUCGAGGCUAUCAUUGGCUAUGAUGGUGAAAAUCUCUUGCUGUACAUUCAAGAGAACACAAUUUCAGAUUCAACUCAAAUUUGAAUUUAAUAUCGUCUCUACCGAUACCAAUAAACCUGGAAAGGACUGCUAUCGUUUUUUUGUACAUUUUUAAAUUGGAAGCAAGUUGAAGAAUUUUAUUGUUCCUAUGAUACGCACCUAAAUGCCGUCGAAACCGCAUAACUAUUUUACGCUAAAUUGAAAAAUCCCGCUUUGGAGAAUCUUGGCCGAAAGUGAAAUUUGCUUUUAGUGUUUCUGUAUGCAAAUGAAUUUGCUUCAGUGAAACAUCGCAUCGACGCCACCGUAGCUCAGAGGUUAGCAUGUCCGCCUAUGACGCUGAACGCCUGGGUACGAAUCCUGGCGAGAAACAUCUUCUCAUCUCGCCAUUAAUUAGAUUACACUUAGAAAGUGGUUAGGUGUCUCUUAACUGGAAAUUAAUUUCACUUAUCUGAACUAAGUUUAACUGAAAACUAAGGAUAAGAGAAAUAAUAGAGAGGACUUUUUUUACUUGUCCGAUUCCGACUGUACUACACGUUUGUAUGAAUAUCUACGACUGCGAGCGAAGAAAUGAGUAGAACAAGGUCAGGAGGUGAUAUGAUGUGAAAGUGAUUCUGGUACAUUCAGUAGUUCACGCAAUAACUAAUUAAUUAAGUACUUAGGUAAACACAUACAUAUGUAGUAGCUCUAAAUUAAAAACAAACAAAAAAAAAAAAAAACUAUUAUCAAUUAUCGUAUUAAGAUACACGAGUCGAUGACUAUUAAUGUACACAAGUAAACAAUAUUACCUUUUAAGCAAAGAGACGAAUAUUGGCUAACACAAAGCUUCUCUGGGCAUGGGUGGACGAGGGUAACUAACUCUGCGAAUUAUUCCCGCCACACAGUUAUAUGAAAAUAAAGCUUUCAAUAAAUGGAAACUUGGAUGUUUGGCAACCAAUGUCAACUUGGAGUUGAUAUCCUUGAAUUGCAACAUUUUCACUAUGCCCAUAGAAGCAUUCUGUUAUCCUGUUUGUGUGAUAUACAACAUAAAAACAAAGCAUAUACAUACAUACAUCCUUAAUUAAAAAUUUUCCAAUACAAGACAAAAAACGAACUGAGAAUAUUUUGUAUAGUGAGCGAUUAAGCUAAAUAAAAAAACAAGCAUUCAUACUUAUCUUGCAAACAAUAAAUAAAAUGAAUAUAAAUAAAACUAUUUUACAAAUUAGUAAAAAUUGUAUUUAAGUAUUUAAACAAUCCCUACAAUAAUAUUGGAGGCCUGAUGGAAGACACACCCCUUCACACAGUAGUUGGUUGGUGUAUGAAAUAUACCAUGUACACAUUCAUGUCAUACUCAUAUAGUAACGAGCAAAACACACGCAGCGAAUUAAAGACUCACAAAUUGAGCAAAACCUACCUCUGCUCUUUUAUGACAGAUUCUUUGAUUUAAGACGUGUGUUUUUGGAAGAAAUUACUGCCAAAUAAAAUAUGAAAGGCGAACACCUCGAAAAUUAAUUAGUUAAGUAAAAAUGACCCAUAUGCUCAGAUACAUGCAAGUUUCGCAUAAUUUUAGAAAAGUAAGUAUUUUUGUGAGUAUUUAUAUACAAUUGGAAAAUGUUAAAUGACAUACUCGCCAUCUCGAGUUCUCGAGUUAUUUUAAUAGUAAUUAUUGUUUCUUUUCUCUUAUCCUUUUUUUUUGGCAGUAAUUGUUUUCAAAGCGUCUUAAAGAAACAUGCAUAGAUAAACUUAUGGAUACACAGAUACACUUAUGGAAACAUUUGCUCGUUACUGUAUAUAGUCACAUGCCGAAAAUAAAUGAAACUCCUGUGUAGCAUGGAA